CGCCGGAUCUGCGCGUCUUUUCCUCCUCUUCGAGCACCUCCAAUUCCGCCAUCUCCUGACUGUACUGGCGCCGUCACCAUUUGCAGAUUCUCCACCUGCAAACCACCAGGACUCUCUUCUCCCGACCAUGGCGAUCCUGAACCCAGAGGCUGAGUCAGCCGCCAAGGUGGCCUCACUGUCCGAGGCCAAGCAGCGCGAGCUCGCCGAGGCCGGUUACAAGCACGUGGAAGGAGCUCCGGCGCCGCUGCCGCUGGAUCUGCCGCACUUCUCGCUGCGUGACCUGCGUGCAGCCAUCCCCAAGCACUGCUUCGAGCGCUCCUUCAUCACAUCUACGUACUACAUGAUCAAGAACCUGCUCACGUGCGCCGCCCUCUUUUACGCGGCCACCUACAUCGACCAGACUGGCAACUUCGCCUACCUGCUUUGGCCCGUGUACUGGUUCUUCCAGGGCAGCUACCUCACAGGUAUUUGGGUCAUUGCGCACGAGUGCGGUCACCAGGCCUACUGCUCCAGCGAGGUGGUUAACAACUUGAUCGGUCUCGUACUGCACUCGGCGUUGCUCGUGCCUUACCACAGCUGGCGCAUUUCGCACCGCAAGCACCACUCCAACACCGGCAGCUGCGAGAACGACGAGGUGUUCGUGCCCGUGACUCGCUCUGUGAUCGCCAGCUCCUGGGAUGAGAACCUUGAAGACUCGCCGCUCUACCAGCUCUACCGUAUCGUGUACAUGCUGGUAGUGGGCUGGAUGCCCGGAUACCUAUUCUUCAACGCCACGGGUCCGACCAAGUACUGGGGCAAGUCUCGCAGCCACUUCAACCCGUACUCGGCCAUCUACUCGGACCGCGAGCGCUGGAUGAUCGUGUUGAGCGACAUCUUCCUCGUGCUUGUGAUCGGCGUUCUGGCCACACUGGUGUACACCUUCUCGUUCUACACCAUGCUCAAGUUCUACGUUGUGCCCUAUUUCAUCGUCAACGCCUACCUUGUGCUCAUCACGUACCUGCAGCACACGGACACCUACAUCCCGCACUUCCGUGACAGCGAGUGGAACUGGCUGCGCGGCGCUCUCUGCACGGUGGACCGCUCGUUCGGCCCGUACCUCGACUCGGUGGUGCACCGCAUCGUCGACACGCACGUGUGCCACCACAUCUUCUCCAAGAUGCCGUUCUACCACUGCGAGGAGGCCACGAACGCCAUCAAGCCGCUGCUGGGCAAGUUCUACCUCAAGGACGACACCCCUGUGCCGAUUGCUCUGUGGCGAUCUUACACUCACUGCAAGUUCGUCGAGGACGACGGCAAGAUCGUCUUUUACAAGAACAAGCUCUAAGGCCGUGGCAUACUGUACCGGCGGUGCCGCAGCACGCACCAAACCUGUCAGUAGUCCACUCCAUUUAACGUUAAUCUCGCACUUUAUCAACAUCCAUAAUUGUACUGUAUUAAUGGCGAUCCCUUUGACGAGCAUGUACUGCAAGCUUAGAUGUCUGGAGGAGAAAGUUGCAUGAAGAGCUACCCAUGACAUCAUGAAAAAGAUGAGGUUGACGUGCACAGCUGUCGAGCAGCGAAACGUACUUAGUAGGGAUGAAGCCAUAUCAUAAAUCGCUCACUUCAA